CCAGCCACACUCUUGCUACCCCGCAAUCUGCAUCCUUCACUCAGAACACCGCAGCAGUGACCCAUCGGGACAGCCGAACAAACGAGUUUGGGCAGCGCGAACCUGGGGUUGGUGUGUCAGCUGGCAUUUUGCCAGGCCCGCAGGCACGGCCAUCUUGCUUUACUGAGGAUGGACUGGCAUGCGCAGCCAUCUUGCCGUCUUGCGAGGCCCGGGGACCAGCUCCCACGUGCUGCAGAGUGUUGCCACAAGCCCUUAACCUUGUGGUGGUCCUACUGUGGGGUGGCGAGAAGGGGGCCAGAGCCUGGUGGCACGACAGCCUGAGGCCCGGGAUGGUGAUCACUGCACUGCUGCGAACCGCUCCCACUGCCGGGCAACAAGGAGAAACUGCUGUCACCUUCCACAGGCUCCACAUAAAGGGCUCAAAACGUCUGGUUCAGUGGUUAAAAGCUGUUCACAGGGAUGACUGGACCCCACUAAGCAUUCUUUCAUCUGUAGUGAACGUUUCACCAAAAAAAGCUCUUGGAAAGGCUGGAUGGCCAGUACUACAUGCUCAAGCCAUGGCUGUGCCCUCCAUCUUCCACCUGACUGAGAACGGGGGCUGAAGGCCGUGACUGCCCCAGGAGAAAGGACACCAGGAAGGCCACCGGGGUCCUGAGGAACAUGCGAGUGAAGCAGAUGGGAAAGGAGCUGCAGGUUCAUCGUUGUCCUUGAGGGAAAACCUGAGCGCCCAGCAGGGCUGGGCUCCGCAAGUUGAAGCGAGCCACUGUGCAGGGUGAACCUGCACCCAGGGCUUCCCAGGAAGCCGCCAGUCAGGAGCAGGUGCGGAGUCUCUGGAAGGAACUCCAGGAGACAGUGUGGCCUCCACAGCGUCAGGCAGCCAGUGAGAUGCAAACAUGUCUGCUAUAGAUGCUGGCAAUGAGACCCCCCUCUUCCCUGCCAGGGUCUCUUAGGUAAGAGUGGCAUUUCCGUGGGUGACUUUAUCCCUCAGGAUCUGGGGUGUGCAGAUUUAUUGGCUGGCAACCUUCUUACACUUUCUUCUCACAGCACACUCAAGAAAGGCCAUCUGUCCCCCGCGAGGCUGUUGACCGAAAGAGGUUGAAGAGAAAUGUGGAGCCCAGCUGCAGAGGGACCAACCUUGAGCCUGACUAGGGCUUGGCCCAGAACCCCCAAGUUCAUCAUUCACAAUGAUGCCUCAGAAACCCUCCCAGAGCCCCUCCACCCUCCAACAGAUGUCACCUUAAAGCCAGACACAGAAGCUGUGCAGGGCGAACACAGCGACACCAGCCCCACAUCCCUCAGAAGGGUCAUCCUGUCAGCACUGGGGGCCCAAGAUCUCCUCGACUCGCUGCACUCCUACUGCUUCUGCUCCAGGGGGAACAGGAGCACGGGUGCCGCCUGCGGGAGCAGGUGGAGAAGAACGGCGAGCUGAAGAGGGGCAGCCACCGACAGCCAGGUGCACACUCUGCAGGAGGAGCUGGACGAGCUGAAGGGAGGGGGCUCCCUGCCUUAGCAGCCUGCCGCCCCCAGCCGAGGAAUAGAAUCAUAUACCAGUCAAUUGGGAAUCGCCUGAUGAGCAGCAGUUUGGUGGUAGCAGUGGGAUCCAAAGAAGACAUCUGAUGGCUUAGGGGAUGAGAAACACAGGCAUUGGUACCCGAAAAACCUUUGAGUUCUCCAUCCUUUUCACUGUUUCUGAGAGCCGUGGCGCCAGCUGCAGAGCUCCAGCCAGCAGCAGAAGCAGAGCAGUGGGCAGUGGUGGAGGUAGAGCUGGCUCCAGCUCCGUUGACACCACACUCUCUAGCACUGGAGCCAGUGUCCCCUCCAUCAGCAGUGUUGGAACUGGAGCAAGGGCCGACAUCGGCUGCAGCAGGAGUGGGAGCUGCUGAGCUGGAGUCACCUGGACCAUCAUUUCUAGUGGGAAGUCCAUCUCCACCUGUGGCUAAGAAGCGUGAGAAGAAGCCCAACCUCAUGGCCUUCCUUCCUAAGCUGGUGGUGGAGCAGUUGACCGUGAUGGAUGCGGAGCUCUUCCGGAAGGUGGUGCCCUCUCAGUGCCUGGGCUCCACCUGGGGCAAGAGGAAAAAGCACAGCAAAGAGCACCUGGCACACACCAUCCGGGCCACCAUCAACCACUUCAGAAGGGUGGCCAGCCUCGUCGUCACCACCUGCCUCGGGGACCCGAGCAUGACGGCCCAGGACAGGGUGAGGGUGGUGGAGCGCUGGAUCCAGGUGGCCCAGGAGUGCGAAAUCCUGAAGAACUUCUCCUCUUCCCACACUGUCAUCUAUGUUCUGAAGAAAACCUUCAUAUGCCACCUGAAGAACACAUGGGGGAAGUUUCCUGGGAGAGCUCUGAAAGACUUAAGGAGUGCUAUUGCCAAGACGAAUCCUUGAGCAGAGAACUGAUGACCAAGGUAA